UUACGAACUUCUUGGAAAUAAAUGCUUAAAUCAGAACUUCUAUGAACAAGUGUAGCAUUUAUUUAACUGUAUAACUAAAAAAGAAAAAUAUAAAAGAUUUCUUGUAGAAGUAUAUUCUUUUUUACAAUAGUAAACUUAUUAUAAAUACAGACAAUUACAAGAAAUGAUUAAAGUGAGAAAACAAUGGGCGAUUUUAUUGCUAAAAGCGAUCUCUACCAGGCAACCUUUAGAUGGAGUGGAGUAAUUAUAAACAGUUUGAUCGGAGGCAUGAUGAAAAAUUUUAAAUGCAUAUGGAGAUGUAAUCCAUGCAAUAACAUAAUUUUAUACAAACAGACAAACAGACUUCACGUAUACACCAUUAUGUGCAGCCUUCUUACAUUACUUAACAGUUUAAUUUCAAACUUUAAAUUAUUGUAAUUCAGUAAGUACGACUGACAAAAAGUUUUCAGUGGUCGACCCAAAAAGUAAAAGUAAUUUCAAACUCCAAUUUUAAUAAAUCAGAGUUUUCCUCACUAUCUAAAAUUUUACUUGUUCAAAUUGUAAAAUGUGCUUGAACAAAAUGGACGAAUCCAUAAAGAAGACUCAUCCGGAAAAACGUCUUAUGAAAUUUAUUUGUAAAAACCUGUAUUACUUGGGUUGCGGGCAAUAUUGGUACGAAUCGAUAGAUCGGUCUAAGUUCGAGACAACAAUUUAUGUAUUAUGGGCAAUUAUAACAAACGUUUACUUGUAUGGCAUUAUAGUGAACGAAUGUCUUGGCCAUUUGAGAUCUAAUUUGACUAUUAAAGAGAGAAAUGAUUUAAUACAAUUCACUUGUGCACACCCAUCUAUUGGUUUGAAAUUUAUAAUUUUGUUCAUACGAAGGGAUCAAGUUAAAUAUAUGUUAAAAAGAUUAUUGGAAGGUACACGGUCUAUAUUCUCGUCGUCGGAUAUCGACAAGGCGUCUACGCAGAAAGCGGUCUUUUAUUGUAGUACAUUGAUGAUAACCACGUACAGUACUCUGAUAUUAACGGAUUUAGAAGCUGUUAUUGCAUACUAUAAAGAAGGUCUACCAAUCCGGACAGAAGUGACAUAUUACCCGAAAUCAGUAGACACGGUUGCUGCAAAAAUUUUCCGAUUCUUCAUUGAGCUGCAUUGGUGGUUUUUUGUUACAAUCAUGAUCCAAGUGGAUUGUCUCUGCUACUGUGCUCUGGUCUACAUGAGCUUCAAAUUUAAGGCUCUGCAGGUAUACUUUGAAGAACUCGGCAAGAUUUUCUCGAAUCCUGAUAAAAGGUCACGAAAAGAAAUUGAAAAGGAAUUUAAAGAAGCGUUCAUAGUUGGUAUGGGUUUACACGAAGAUACUUUAGACUGCGCGAAGACGGUACAGAGUACUCUGGGAGCGAUUUACAGUAUACAAAUAUUCGAAAGUCUGUCCCUUAUAGUCAUGUGUCUUGUUAAACUCGUACACGCGAAAAGAAACUUAAUGUUUCUCCUUGCUGAUCUGUCUUACAUAACGGUGAUGUUGGUAUUAACCGGUGUUUACAUGAUGGUAUCUGGAGAUAUCACACAUGAAGCGUACGAGCUGUCAACGUCUAUAUUUCAUUGCGGUUGGGAGAUGUCCAACAACCGUGACAUACGCGCGUUAGCCGUGAUAGCCAUCCAGAGGAGUCAGGUGCCUGUCUAUAUGACUGGUUUAGGCUUAAUCAAACUGUCGUACGCUAACUUCAUAUCGGUGGCGGUAGAUAGGAGUCGGGGCCCACAAGCCGGGGCCAACGCCAUUGGGACUCGGUGGACUACGAAAGGGACCCUGGGUCCCCAACGUUAUGGUGCGGCGAGAGAUGCCGUGGUGGUUUUAGCCGGUGGUUCGGUCAUCGUAUUCUUUCUUUGCUGUUAUGUACUAAAAAUGGAGCACCAUCGUAUUGAAGAUCAAAAAACAUUUUGUUCUAAUUUAUUAUUUGGAUUUUGAUUUUUUAAGGCUGUGUUCAACAGUGGACAGUUAACGGCUGAACCGUUAACUGUCCACUGUUGAACACAGUCUUCCCCAUAAGGGGAGUUUUGCCAGUAGUUGCUACGCUUGGCAGGCGGGUUUGCAACCGCAGUUAGGCUUCUACAGAUGUUUUAAGAGGGACGCUGCUGCCCAUCCCUCGACCUAUCGUAGUCGACUCUUACAACACUUACGGGAAAGGAAGGGGUGGCCUAUUCUACGCCGGGACCACACGGCGCGGGUUUUGAUUGCAGAAAUGUAUUUCAAAUAUUUCGAAGCAAAAUAUUAAAUAGGUGCAAACAUAUUAAUGGUAGAUAAAUACAAUGUAUUCUAAGAUUAACGUUUUAGUUAGUUAACAGAUAAAAUAUAUAUGAAUAUUCUUAUUAUUAUUUAUACAUUAUUGUACACAAAAGUUACAUUGUUAUAAUUUAUUUUGGAUAAAGAUGUACAACAUGCGAGCUUUAUUCUGUAACAUCCCGUGAUUUCCGCGUGCACUAUCCACUAGUUUAUUUGUACGCAUCCCACGAUUUCGACGUGCUCGCAUUUUUUAUAUUUAUUGAGGUUGUUAUCUCACGAUUUUUGUUUAGAUAGAUUGAUGUUGUUCCUCAGAAUCUCGCUAGAUGGCUAAACACUCGUACUGCUAUUUGUAGAUGUGUUUUAUUAUUGUGAAAAAAAAUGAAGUCAGAGGGUUAAUUAGCAGCGGGCAGUUUGCGUGCAAUAAGAAGAGUUGUUUCUACUAAGAAAUAAUAAAUAUACUUAACUAAAUACAAACUAACAUAUGUACGUACUUAUAUUGAAAAUACAUCGUCGUCAUCUGUGAUAUGAUUAUCAGCUUUUACUUGUCCACUGCUGACCGUAAGCUUCCUCCAUAAAGGGGGCUUUUGCCAGUAGUUGCCAUGCCAGUUACCUACUGAUUGGCAACCGCAGUUAGAUUUUGGAGAUGUUUCAAGUGUAAUUUUAAUUAUAUUUAAGUACAUAUGUUUACCACUAUUAUAUUUGUGUGUACAAUAAUGUAUAAAUAAAUAAAUAGUUAAUUCGUAAAAGACCCCGUUGUAUAUUAUAUUUUUAUACAUUAUUUAGUUAUUAAAAAAAUUUUAAAAGUAGAUAACACAUUCUAUAAAAUUAUGUAUGGUAUCCUCAGAACAAUAAUGUUAUGCUUUCGUACGCUGUAAUUUCAUUGCCAUAUUUAUUUAUUUAUUUUACACUUUAUUGCACCAAGUAAAAAAAAUAUUAAUUACAGAAAAUAUUAAAGAGAAGCGAUACAAAAGGCGGCCUUAUCGCUAAGCAAUCUCUUCUAGACAAUCUUUGGGGAGAGGACAUUGAGAAAAAGACAAAGGGUAGGUGGCACACUAUUUUAUAGAUACUAAUGUAUACAAACAUACAUAUAUAAAAAAAAUAUAUACAUAAACAUACACAUAUUUAAUAGCACAAAUACAACAGGAGAGAAUGAGGAAGGAAAAUGAAGAGAGAACACAGGAAAAUAGUACUAAAGGGAGAGGCAGUAGGAUUUAACAGAGGUUUUGAAGCUAGUGAGAGUUUGAGCGCACCAAGUGAGUUAUACAGGCGAACUGCCUGGACAGUAAAGGAUUUAGAAUAAAAGGAAAAAGAAUGAGCCAUAUGCCAUCUUUUAAACCAGAACAUUUAACUGUUUUAUAUAGUAAUAUUUUAUCCAUUUAUUUAUGAAUGUAUUUAUUGUACAUAUAUACUUUUUAUUUAAUACAUUAUGUGUAUGUUUAUAUUAUGUGAAUAUAUUAAGUAUUGCUUUAUUUUUUCUUUAUUCAAAAAUGCACCGCCUACCUAUUUCUCGGUUUGCCCAAUGGUUGACUGGUAGAGAACACCGCCCGGUGUUAAGUCCGCCAAAUGUACAAAGAAUUUUUCUGUGCAUUAAAGUUUAAAUAAAUAAAUAAACAUCGACAAAACAAUACGAUAAUAACUGCAAACACGGGCGGGACAGAAGUACUUACACAGACGAUUGCCAUACAUAUUGUUUUUCACCGGAAAAUUAUUUAAAAAUACUUAUUACAGAGUGUCUAUAGUUUUCUUUACGCGGUGCGGAGUAUUGGCGAGGAUUUCCAGUCUUUUGUGUAAUUUGAACGCUAAGGAGCUAUCUUGUAAUUAACUUUUCUAUUAAAAGGCUAUAACAGGAGGAUCGUGUAACUAAGGGAUUUUAGAAAUUUAAUAAAGCUCCCAUUCAUUCCUCAUUCAGUAGCUGAUAGCAAAACAAAGCAUAAAAUGGAAUAAGCAGUUGUAUUCAAUAUGAAAAUUCAGUUAAACAGGAUUAGUGAUGUGACGAAUCGGUCUUUAUUAGUAUUCGUUGAAAUAAUAAUCGAAUCCCUACUCGAAUGAGAACUCGGACAAAUAGUCGAAUACGGGUAUUCGAGUAUCGGUUUCGAGUACUUUUAAAUUAAAUUCUGAUUUGUUAACUUAAAUGAAGAUAAUAAAUGUUCAGAAAUUAAAAUCUUUUUAUAAAUAAAAAUGUUUAUAAAUUUUUCCUUUGGUAAUAAAGGAAAAUUUUAAUAAAAUGUUGAAACAGAUACAAAACUUAUGUUAACACACAAGUAGUAUUCCAGUAUUUACAUGAUAGAGUAUUCAAGGUCCUUCAAUAUUGUAUUCGAAUACACACAGUAUUCGAAUACUGUGUAUCUAAGUUUACAAGUGUACAUUGAGUACUCGAUUACUUGAGUGACUACUAAGUAUUCGAUUUAGUACUCGAGUCAGCCUGACUGGACACAUCACUAAACAGAAUUCUCGGCGUAACUAAAUCCCAUUCGUAUUGCUGACUAAGCGAUUUUCAACCAGAUUUUAAUAGGAAGAGGUUUUGUAUUUGAUUGUCUUUUUUGAUGUGAUAUAGAUAUUACCAGAUAUUUGAGUAAUUUUAUUCACUAGUUGUACCCGCAACUCCGCCCGUAUAACUAGUACAAAAAAAAACCGACUUCAACUGUGGUAAAACCAGAUAUUUUAAUUUAAAAUCUAAAUUACUGAACCGAUUAUGAUAAAAUUUCUGUAGGGUCUAUUUAUGAGUUAUAAGGUAACAAACAUAAAAAAUUACAACUGAAUUGAGAAUCUUCUUUUUUUUUUAAGUCGGUUUACUAAAACUGAUUAUGUUCACUGUACAAUAUUAAAAUUUAUAAUAUGCUGUUCAUGUCUAUAAGCGACGGUGAUCUUUCCAUCAGGCGGGUUAACAUAAUUUAUCUAAGUUACAUAUAAAAAGCAUAAGUACAUGUUUCGCCAAUUAUAGACAUGUUAAAUAUUGGGUUUCCGGUAAUAAUUUUAUUUUAUUUUAAUUACCCAUUGAUAUGGACUUGGACAAAAUACACCUAGUUUUGUAAAAUAUUUGUAAUACAAAUUUUCAAUGAUUUACAUUUCAUGGUAAUCAUAACGGUGCAAGGUAGAGGAGGUGGCGGUCAUUUGUAUUGUUAUCAAAGUGAAAUAAGAAACACUUCUAGUCUCAGAGUUUGCACAUACUAAGGAUGAAACAUUGCAACAUAUUACGCACAAUUGUCUAAAUGAGAGGCUUAGCGCAGAAAAUAGAGUCCAAUCUACAUUGCAACAUAUAUGUUACGCUUCAUAUAUAAAGCUUACAGAUACUUUCUCCUUUUGAAUUCACAAGACAGACUAGAAGAAAUCCCUUCAAAGGAAAAGUCUGCCUCUGUACAUAUUCAUUAUAAUCUGAUUGAUAUCUAUAUAAAAAGUGAAUGCACAUAAGCAUUUAAAUAAAGAAAUAAGCAAAUAAAUAAAUAAAUUAAUGAUUAAAACAUAAGUUUCAUUUAGAAUCAAUUAUUUAAUUAUGUAUAAAAGAAAUACAAAUUAUAAGAGUAAAAAAAAAAUAAGUAAAUCAAUUUUUACGUAUUUAUUAUUACUGUAUAAAUAUCGGUAUUAGUAUUAGAAUUAUAAAGAAUGCCGAUUUAAAAGGGCUUGUAAACAAGUCUAAUUGAAUAAAGAUGACUUCUAAUUUGAAUUGUAGAAUUGCAGACAAAUUUAUUGGUAUCUUUAUAACUCAGAUUGUCAAGUGUUUCUUUUGUUUCUUAAAUUACUUUUUUUUAUGCAACUUAGAAUGCCAAACAAACUGACGACUCACCUGAUAGAAAGUGGUAUCCGUCACCUAUAGACAUGAGCAGUACCAUGGACAUAACAGAGUAUACUGUUUCGUCCAUGAUACCUCCCAUACUUUACCAUUCCUGAGGACUCACAAACCUUUACCUGUUGUUAAAUUUUAUUUAUAUUUUUUGUAUACCAGUUUUUUAAAUGCAUGUUUGUAAUUUACCUGUAUUGCAAUGUAACAGCUUUAUCAAAAUAUCAUUGUAACUAAAGUUGGUAAUCCUGAAUAAAUAGAUAAGUAAAUAAUUAAAUAAAUUUAAUUAAUUUAAUCUGUAAUUAUCAUGUAGACGUAGGCGAUGGUUGUCGCUGUCUAUCAGGCCUGCCUUUGGCUUGCUUCCUAUUCUAAAUUGGAUAGUAUGCUCUACGUGUUCUAUACAAUAAUAUAUUUAGAAUGUUGUUGAGACUUUCCCGCUUCUGUAGCGCCUCAGAAAUGUUCGCACAAGCAUGGAUUGAUAGUUUCCAUGUUAUUAUUCGUAAGAAAGUCGAGUCAAUAGCGAAAAGAAUAUGGGAGAGUGACAAUACCAUUUUUAAAAUGAUAGCUGAGGAUGCCCAUGCACCUGUGAUGGGGCAUUUUGUCAGAACGAUGACUAAAAUACAAAAUAACUGCAUGCCUCUCAGGUAUAUAAUUUAUUAAAUUAUGAAUAAAUGCUAAUAAAAUAGAUCUUGUUGUCUGGCAUUAAAUGAAUUUGAA